CCCAGUCGCCUGCCCAUCUUCUGCCAAUUCCACAAGUGCUCCGGCAACAGGUGAGCAAUUUCCCUUUAGCCCUCUCUACACUCCGGCCUAACAAUGACACUAACAUAAAAAAAACUGUCCCACUCGUAUAGAGGCCCUCACACUUGCGCCCCGAGAAACUUUACCUGCAAAGCCCCAGAUUGCGCCUUUCCCAGAAGCUUCAAGACAAAGCAAGCCCUCAACAAACACUACCUCGCAAAGCACGGCAAUGACCGUGUGGAUUGCCCAGUUGAAGGGUGCGUGCACGUUGGAGCCCAAGGGAUUAACCGAGCGGAUAACCUUCCGGCGCAUUUGUUGAAUAAGCAUGGUAUUCCCCAAGCUAGGCUACAAUACGGGAAUUAGGUUUGCCGGUGUCACGAUCACUGGUCUCAAGCGGGGUUAUUUUCUUAUGUGUUUCUUGAAGUCUGGAAGAGUCUUUCGUUCAUAUUCUCCUCUAUAUUUUCGCUCAUCUUGAUCCUAUCUCCUAUUUUUCUACCCUUGAUUCCCCGCGUUUGCAGCUCAAUUCGGGUGUGCUUUCUCAUCCUUUUGUUUCCUUGUACCCGACAGCCCCUGACAUGUGCCAUUUUUGCCACAGACUAUGUCGUUUUCGGGUCUUUUUUUUCUCUUGGCUGCUCGCUUCAUUUUAUUUCUCUCUAACUUGCCGAACAUCACCAUUCCUAGCUCUUCCUUCCUUUUGUUCUCCAUUUAAUUUCCAGUAUGCACAUAGCUGUAAUCUCGCAGCAUCAAAUCGAGUUUUUUCUACAACUUGAGCCUACCAGUUGAUACUUUUGAUCGUUAAAAAUCGAUAACUGUUUACCCAGCAUGCCGUAAGUUCAAUUCCGUUUAGGCCUACAUAGUUCGCGGUACCGUGGCAAAAUUAUGAUCUAGUUUACGUACUUCACAUAUUGUAGAUGCCCUUGCCAAAGGAAUUUUAAGCAAGAG